UUUACUAGGUCCCCAUCUCAUCAUUUUCGCCUUUAGCCCACCUUCCUCAGCUUUACACUUCCACAUUCUUUUUAAUUUGUUCUCUCUCACUCACUCUUCCAAAAUCAUUUCUUCAACAAUGGAGGUCGCCUUUUUGCUUUUGCUGUUUUCUCUCUUUUCUUUAUCCUCCUCAGAAGCCAAAGUAAUUCCCAGGUUUCCUUCAAAGCUUUCAGCUUCUGAUUCUGCAAAUACAAAUCAUCAGCCUUUCAAAACAAAAUACUUCACUCAGAUACUCGACCACUUUAAUUUCAAUCCCCAAAGUUACCAAACUUUCCAGCAAAAAUACUUAAUCAACGACUCCUUCUGGGGCGGCGCCACCAACAAUUCUCCAAUCUUUGUUUACACCGGCAAUGAAGGAGACAUUAACUGGUUCGCUCAGAACACUGGCUUCAUGUUCGACAUAGCUCCUCAUUUUAAAGCCCUUCUUGUUUUUCUUGAGCACGGGUUUUAUGGAAAAUCUAUUCCGUUUGGAGGUGAUAAAAAGAUUGCUUAUAGCAAUUCAAGCACGCUCGGAUAUUUAAGUUCGACACAGGCGUUGGCGGAUUAUGCAACUUUGAUUAUCGAUUUGAAGAAGAAUUUGUCUGCAACUGAGUCUCCUGUGGUGGUUUUUGGAGGUUCCUAUGGAGGAAUGCUGGCAGCGUGGUUUAGGCUGAAAUAUCCUCAUGUAGCCAUUGGAGCAUUGGCGUCUUCUGCUCCAAUCCUCAGCUUCGAAAACAUAAUUUCCCCAUAUAGUUUCAAUCGCAUUAUCACCAGAGACUUCAGGAGUGAAAGCGAAAAUUGUUACAAAGUGAUAAAAGGAUCGUGGCAGAAGAUUGAAGAGAAAGCAAGGCAACAUGGAGGUCUUGAAGAACUCAGAAAAUCUUUUAGAAUAUGCAAAAAUUAUAUCAAUGUUGAUGCCCUGGAAAGUUGGCUUUCUACGGCUUAUAUUUACACAGCAAUGACAGAUUAUCCAACACCUUCCAAUUUUCUCAGCCCCUUGCCAGCUUAUCCAGUAAAGCAGAUGUGUAAAGCAAUCGAUGAUCGGACGGCUGGAAAUGACAUGUUUGCCAAGUUGUACGGUGCACUGAACAUAUACUACAAUUACAGUGGAAGUUCCACGUGUUUUAAUCUGGACGAUGAUUCUGAUCCUCACGGCCUUGGAGAAUGGUCUUGGCAGACAUGCACAGAGAUGAUAAUGCCAGUAAGUGGAAACGACAAGGAGAGUAUAUUUCCAGCUUCUCAAUGGAAUUACAAUGAUAUGGUCUCCCUCUGCAAUUCUCUUUUUGGUGCUCACCCUAGACCCAACUGGAUUACUACUCAAUUUGGUGGCCAUAGUAUUGAGAGGGUUUUGAAAAGAUUUGGAAGCAAUAUCAUCUUCUUUAAUGGUUUAAGAGAUCCUUGGAGUGGGGGAGGGGUGCUCAAGAAUGUUUCCAACACCAUAAUUGCCAUUGUUGCGGAAGAAGGAGCUCACCAUGUGGAUCUGAGAUUUUCAACAAGUGAAGACCCAAAAUGGCUUCAAGAUGUGAGGAAAACAGAAGUGAACAUCAUCGCAAAUUGGAUCUCUCAAUAUUACUAUGACUUAGCCCUUCUUUAGAGAUAACAAAAUUAAACCUUUUUUUUUUUUUUAAUUUUUAUAGAAGUCAAUAAUCUGCGCCCAUAUUUGGUUAAAAAAAAAAAAUGGGUCAGGGCAUUGAUCGAAGUCUUGAGCUAAUUGGGACAGAUUUAGAGGCAAAUGAUGUGGCAAUUUUGGGCCAAGACAGGCUCUUUAUUUAGGCCUUUUCAGUUGCAAUUUGAAAAGCACUACCAUUAGCAGCA